GCUUUACAAGAUAGCAUGCCCUUCAGGACGGAAGAAUGUAUCUGCCUCCUAUUUGACCGCGUUCAGAGCUAAGAUGGCCGACUAAACAAACAUGGGGAAAUGGAAUUUCCUUGGAGGCAUCCUGGAGGAAGUUCACAUCCACUCCACCAUAAUUGGAAAGGUCUGGCUCACUAUCCUGUUCAUAUUUCGAAUGCUUGUUCUGGGGGCGGCAGCUGAAGAUGUCUGGAAUGAUGAGCAGUCUAGCUUCAUCUGUAAUACAGAACAGCCCGGCUGCAGAAAUGUAUGCUACGACCAGGCCUUUCCCAUCUCUCUCAUUAGAUACUGGAUUUUGCAGGUGGUAUUUGUGUCUUCACCAUCCCUGGUCUACAUGGGUCAUGCUUUGUACCGGCUGAAAGUUCUGGAGAAAGAGAGGCAGAGGAAGAAAGCUCAGCUGAGAGGGGCACUGAAGGGGGCGGAGUGUGAAAUGCCCUGGGACAGGCGGAGAUUGGCGCAAGAACUUUGUCAGCUGGAACAGAGGAAACUAAGCAAAGCCCCACUCAGGGGAACCUUGCUUUGCACUUACGUGAUACACAUUCUCACUCGCUCUGUGGUCGAGGUUGGGUUCAUGAUCGGACAGUACCUUUUAUAUGGGUUUCAUUUAGAGCCUUUAUUUAAAUGCCACAGCCACCCGUGUCCAAAUAUAAUUGAUUGUUUUGUCUCAAGACCAACAGAAAAGACAAUAUUCCUGUUAUUUAUGCAGUCUAUAGCCACUGUUUCACUUUUCCUAAAUAUUUUAGAAAUUUUCCACCUAGGUUUUAAGAAGAUUAAAAGAGGGCUUUGGAAACGAUCUAGAUUGAAGGAUGAGCACAAUGAAUUCUUUGUAAACAAGUCAAAACAAAAUCUUGCCAAAUAUCAGAGCACAUCUGCAAAUUCACUGAAGAGACUCUCAUCUGCACCUGAUUAUUAUCUGAUGCUAGAAAGACAAACACACACAGCAGUGCGCCCUAGUUUAAAUUCACCUGCAUUUCAGGCAGAUCCUGACCAUCACAGUGGAAACGAUGAAAAAUGCACUUUGGAUGAACAAAAAACUAUACUUUCAAAUGAGAUGUGCACACUUAGCGCUACCUGUAGUCAUCUUCAACACAUCAGCUCAUGUAAUAAUGAAGACAGUCAUGAAAUAUUUAGAAAAGAAGUGGGUAACCCAUUAAAGGAAAAGAGAGAAAUCAAUGGCAAAGACAGCAAAAGGAACCACUACUCUAGAGGUGACUGUUCUAUUCCAGGUGGUGCCAUAGACCCGGAAACAGCUUUCUCUCUGCCAGCUAACUCUGCCUGGAAACAGACAUGGCUUAGUGCUACCUGGGGUCCCUCUAGAGAAGGUGAAAAUUGGGCAUCACCUCCUAAAGGAAAUCUCAAGGGCCAGUUCAGAGAGGGCACAAUCCCAACCCUUCGAUCUUCCAAGGGAGGCUGCCAACCACUUGAUAUUCCAGACACUCCUGAUUCUUUGGGACAGUUGUCCUUUGAAUCUGAUUUGAUCAGAAGCUGCAACAAUCCUACUGCUUGCCCUCCAAAUCAUUUAGCGCUGCUGAGAAACAACCUUACUGGUAGGCGGGCUCCCACAGACCUUCAGAUCUGAAUAGCUGUUGGCUUCUAGACAUCCUGCAUAUUAUGUUAUCAUAGAUGUAGCCUCGUGGUGGUGGAACUGGCAAAACAAAUAAGGGCAGCUCUAAGGAUGGGCUGUUUAGGCAGACAAUUGCAAACCCACUUCAAAAAAGAGAAACUCAUUAAUUCUAAAUGGUGAUGGGGCAGUUUUAAAUUCAUGGACAGUUACCAAAUCAGGAUUACUUUUUCACAGGCUCCCUUUAGAAUUCGUGAAAACUGAUUCUGGGAAUGUCACGUUCAGAAGCGAGGCUUAAUGGUUUGUAACUACGUUUUUCCUUGAUGGGAGCACAGCCUUAGGAGACUGUCCUUGUUCUACAUAAUUCUCCCCUUUAGUUACUAAUCUUUUAUUUCUGGACAAUGAUUAAAUUGUUUGUCCCUUCGACUUAAUUUUGUUUCCUUAUAUAGACUGUAGUCUG